CGAAAACAAACCAGAGAGGGAAACGUACACUUGCAGAGGCUGCCAGGCUCACACACGUGGAUACUGCUGUAAUAACUGCAACCAAAGAUGACAUCAUUAGCACAUCAGUUGAAGCGGCUGGCCUUGCCCCAGAAUGACUCGAAUCUGCUCAGUCGAAGAGAGGUGGCCUCUGUGCUCUUUGACCCUAAAGAUGCUGCUACCAUGGACCGCAGCACCUUCUAUGCACUGGGCUGCACAGGACUCGAGGAGCUGAUGGGUAUUGAUCCAGCAUUCAGUGAGUUUCAGGAGACUCUGUUUAGUCAAGCCUCUCUGACUUUAGAGCGCAGCAUUCAGUCCAAAGAGGUCAACAAGAAACUGGACAAGAGCAUCUCACUCUUUCUUACUCGACUGUCGCCUUACUUUCUGCUCAAGCCUGCUCUGAAAUGCAUUGAAUGGCUGAUACACAGAUUCCACAUUCAGCUGUACAACAUGGACAGCCUGAUUGCUUGUGUUUUACCGUAUCAUGAGACUAAAGUGUUUGUACGAGUGAUCCAGCUUUUAAAGAUAGAGGAUCCAACCCACAAAUGGCACUGGCUGCAUGGACUUCAGAAACCCGGGGUUCCUCUGGCACGAGGAACUCUGCUCACACACUGCUAUAAGGAUUUAGGCUUCAUGGAUUUCAUUUGUUCUAUGGUCACAAAUUCAGUAAGGGCGUACUCUGGAUUACUCCGGGAUGGGAACUGUCCACAACUGCGUGUGAUUUUCUCCUUCUAUGCAUCUACCAUCGUUUCUGCACUUGAUGCAGUGGAGAAGAUAACUAAUUCUAUCAUUUCCAAGCUGCUUCCAUUUGUACAACUGGGGCUGAAAUCUAACUUUUUAGACUACACUGCUGCCACUUACAUGAUCGUGUGUCAGAUGGCUGUGAAGGUAGUGAUGGAGGAUCAGCUGGUGGACACUCUGACCUUGCUGUUGUGCAAGUCUCUAGGUCAAAUGCCACAGCUGACCAGAGAGGGUUUGAGCUGCGUUAUCAUCCUCUUGCAGAACCAGAAAGAAGGUGUAGUUGGUCCAAAGGCAUUUGGGUUCCUGUCUGCUACCCCUACCCUGCUGCCCACACUCCAAACUAUAGCUACAGUCCAUGACAUCAGUCCCUUACUGCGAUACCUCCUUCCCCAUCUCAUACAGUCUGUGAUGACGCAAGAUGAUGAGCAGCAGAUUGAAGGUUUGUCUCAAAGUACUGGACUAUUAGAAUCAGUGCUUCAGAAUCUUCAACUGUCCAGCAACUUGGAGAACACUGCAGCCAAGCUGCUUAUUGAGGAGUAUGUUUCCUGCGGCAGUGAGCUUCCCUCAGAUAGGAUUUCAACUCUUAAUCAGAGAAUUCAAUCUACUGUACGACUGUUUGAAUCCAGGUAUCCAUGUGCGUUGGAUGUGGCACUGGAAAACCGUGUCAAAAAUGUGAUCUCUGACGAUGAAAAAAGUCUGCUUCAUCAGUUCAUCUCUCUUACUAUGAGCUGUGGAAAAUAUCAGAUCCUGCCUGAGUCGGACACCUCUCUGAUGCUAAGCCUGAACCAUCCACUACCCUCUGUGAGAAAUAUGGCAGUAGACUACCUGAUGAAAAUCCUCACCUCACAACAUAAUGGCUUUAAUGAGGCAUUUUUGAAAGAUUCAUUGCUGGAGAGAGUGAAAGAUGAAGCGUCAGAGGUUGUGCUGUCUGCACUUAAAGCAUUGCAACUUCACGUGGGACUUGUUGAUCCAGAGGAGACUGUUUCCUGUUUGAUUUCACUUCUUCAUCGCAUCAAACCAUCUCCAGAGUGGGGUUCAGUGAUAAAAGAGGCAGUGCAAGUUCUUGAUGACCCACGUAUUAUUGAGGGCAACCCAGAUCUUAAGGCACAGAUUAUUUGGGAGCUCCUGCCAUUUCUGGUGUUGACCAAUGCUGCACCCGAGAGUAUGGAGCUGCAGAUGACAUCAUCGGUUGCUGAAACCACUCUGCUCUCCAAGCAUCCUCUUACUCAGGAUUGGGCCAAAGUCCUGAAGGAUGUUCUGGUCAAAACAUCUCCGUCAGAUGUGUUGGAGGUGGCUAACCAAAUGCUCACAACAACUCUGGUCAAGAACUUGGCCAACAUGGAUCAUGCAACCAAGCGAAACACUGCAUCCAGCUUUUCAGUGAUAUAA